CCCGCAUCUCAAUCAUCUGGGACUGGUGCAUAGACCCAGAAACUAUUAUGGCAGUCUUCUCUGGCUUCUACGUACCCAUAACCUUGACCAUCCCAGCCCCCGUUUUUGCCUUUAUAUAUACCCAUCAUGCGAAGGCUCAUGGUAGAAACGAAGGCUCCCGUGCCACCGGGCAUGGAGAAAGGCUGAUUCUGGUAUUCGGUAACUGUGUGUUCAUAAGUGAUUCUUCGUUUUUCCUAGCCAUUGGCACGAAGAGGUAUCCACGGUUACUAGCACUGUUGCAGGAUUUGUCGACCAAUCCUUAUGCUUCCCAAUCCGAUAGCAUCUAACUGAAUUCCAGUCCUGGAUGUCGCAUGAGUGGAGGAUAGUGUGAUCUUCUGGGCUCCAUAGGCAUUCCAUCAUCAUAUUGCGAUUAUCACGUCCCGGACUCUUAUUCCCUCUUGCCGUUUGCAUCAAAAUCAACCAAGACGAUGUGCUUUGGUGAGAUAAUUCAGAUUCUUAGU